GCGGAAUCCGAGACCGUAUUUGACUUCCCCAUCAGACCCUCGCGUCAUGACAUUUUUCCCCCAAACCGCCCCUUACCCAGUGGGAAGUUAGCAUUACCAAUUCGUAUACAUUAUCCCAUCUCGGUUAUCUUGCACUAAUUAACGCCCAGAAUGGAGCCCGAGGGCCCCGAGAGUGAUAGCAGGGACUCCCUUCCUGUUAGGCGUGCCUGUGACCAAUGUCGUCUUAGAAAGAUACGAUGUGACAAACGGUCACCAUGCUCUAAUUGCCGUAGCUCGCAGAUUGCUUGUCGCACUACAGGCGCAGGUCAAAAACCAAGGGAACAAAGGAGACGAGUCCUAAUCUCCGAUCAAUAUGAAAGAAAAAUUGAUCUGAUCGAGGAUCGUCUGACUAGCAUAGAACAGGUCCUUCGUGACCUAAAGUCUACUGUUACUUCCAACACUCCGGCUGAGACCUGCUUCCAUGCAACCCCAGAUUCGGGGCAGAUGACCCCGUCUGCUCCUGGCCUUGCGUCUGACAUUAACGCCGCACUAGAUCAACACGAGUCUGGCCCCACGUUUGAGGGAAAUUCGUCUCUUUUAGCCCAUUCGGCCUACGCAAGUGAGUUCCUAGAGACAGCGGUUUCCCGUAGUGCGCUGCAAUUAUCUAGUCCGAAGAUCAGUGCUGCUCUCUCAACACUUAAGCAGCUUGUCACUAUGCAGGACCAUCAGGCACAUCCUUCGUCGAAGGAAGUUCGCUUUCCCAACCAGAAAGCUAUGCCCAGCUCUGGGUUACGAAAUCUGAGCAUGCCUCCUGUACAAGUUGUUUUGCCGUUAUUGCGCCGACUCAAAGACCACCCUGCAACGCUACUACUGGGGUUUUUCCCUUUUAUAACAGAAGACCGGCUGCUUGAAAAGUGUCGCAAGGUGUAUUUUGCCACAGAGGACUACACUGACGCAACAUUCAUUGUAGUGAAUGCAUGCCUGUUCUAUCUCUUUUGUGAACUAAGUAUCACCUCUACUGACGCCUCGAGCCAAGAACUGUAUGACAAAUAUGGUGACUUGUGUCGUGUCAACCUUGAGACAGGCCUCGCAAACCUGAACCUUUUGAUGCCUGCAACAAUAGAUUCUAUAGAAGCGCUCACCAUGGGAGCUAUCCAUGCAAUUGAAAUCUCGAAACCCUCGUUCGCUUUGGCAUUGACUUCAACCGCAUCUAGGAUGUGCCAAACGCUCGGUUAUCAUCGAAGUUCAUCAAUGGAGAACGACAAGCCUGGCAUAAAGCAAACCAAGCUCCGCAUCUUUUGGGCAGUGUAUGUUACAGAUAAAGCUCUUUCGUUGCGGCUUGGUCGUGCCCCAUCUAUACAGGACUACGAUAUUUCUUUACCGACAAAGUUUGAACAACUUGGAAACUUUGAGCCGUGGAGAACCAUUUACCCGCUAUGGAUUCAACUAGCAAGGAUUCAGGGCAAAGUAUAUGAAAUGCUCUACAGCCCUGCAGCCCUUCGUAAACCGGCCAGCGAAAGAGCACUAUGUGCUCGCCAACUAGCAUCCGAGAUGCAAUCGAGUGUUACUGAGCCAUUUAAGAAGGUCACCCCCAAGAUCUCUGGAAUCUCAGACCUAGACGAGAUCUACCUCCGGUCGGAUGAAGUCUGCCGCCUAUCUGUGUUGACCCUAAUUUACAGAGCUAUCCCCGCGAAUGCGGAUAGUCCGAGCACGUUCAUUGAUGAAUGCAUAGAAACAGCCCGACUGACACUAGCAAUGCACCAAGACUGUAUGACAAUGUUGGAACAGGGUAAUAGAAGUAACGAAGUCAAGUGUUCGUACUUACACUGGACGAUAUUAUACUCACCAUUCGUGCCGUUUAUAGUCUUGUUUUGUCAUGUUAUCGAAUCCUCCUCAUAUGCAGAUCUCACGCGACUAGAAGAUUUUGUCAACUCGCUCCAGCCCAACUGUGCAUUGUCGGAAGCUAUUGCAAAAAUGCACCGACUCUGCCAGGUUCUCAGCAACGUGGCGAAGCUAUAUGUCGAGGCCAAAGCGCAGGCCCAGACGCAAGAGAAUGAAGCCUUGGCGUCCGUCGGCCAAGAAUUUGACGUUUAUCUCAGUGCUCUUGGCUUAGCGCCUACACAGGCUGAAGCUGGUGAUCCUCGAUGGAAUGGCCCUACUCCUGAGUCGGGACCUAUUUCCGGAGAUCUGAGAGAAGGUACCGAAGGUCAAGGAUUCCCACCCGCUAUGCUCCAGACUACACUGGGCAGCUGGUUCUCAGGGAAUCAACAUAUGAUGGGCCUGUUAGAGGAGGAUCUAUCUCUUUUUGAUCCAUCUGCAUGGUAGUGAAGCUGCGUAAAUAGGAUCAUUCCAUUCUUUUGGAAUAUUCCGUGAUAUGGAUACAGCCGGUGGCACUUCUCGACUU